UCUUCCGACGCGUCAGUCUCAUUCGGCUCUCCGCGGCACCGACGUCGCGACCUCCACACCCCAAUCACGCGCACGCCGCACCGCGAGCUAUACCCACGUCGCAUCACAACAUCAAAACACGACACGACCGCGUCUUAAAUAGUAUUCGAUUUCGCGGCGCGCAAAACGGCGCACGCUACACAAUAUUAUCGUUUUGCAAUACACACGUUUAUAUACUGUAAACGGGCGAUCGCGUCGACACCCUCAAACGCGCCGGAAAGAACUACUGCUGCUGCUGCUGCUACCGCGACUUUAAUCGCGACGUCAUGCACCCGCUGCACCCGCGGCGACUCGCCCCGCUGUCGGCGGCACUGUCGCUGCUGGUCGUCUCGGCCGUGUUGGCGGGUCGCGCUCGCCCGGCCGCCGCGCUCAAGUGCGACGGCGGCGACGUCAGCUUCGAACUGCUCACCGGGUACGCGGCCAGUCCGGCGGCCAAGCACGCGAUGCGCGAACAGUUGGCCCUGUUCACGUUGCCGCAGUGCAUAGACGCCUGCAGGUCGGACGACCAAUGCGCCGCCGUCACGUACGAGACCGGCGCCUGCGUGUCGUACGCCGCGGUGCCACAGAAGAACGCCAACUCGGAUUUUCCAUUGAAACGAUCGCAUUACCCAACACACACCGCAACAGUCGCUCGGAAAAUAUGUGUCCGGAAACCGAAGUCGUGUAAUCAACGGUCGUGGAGUUUCGAUACAAUUCACGGGGAACUGAAAGUUACUUCCAAACAACAUUUCAAAGCUAUUACACGGUCUGGUUGUAUGGACAAGUGUUUAAAUGAGAAGAGCUUCCAAUGCAGGUCCGUCAACUUCAACAAGGAGACCGGCGACUGUUACUUGAACGACGUGGACCAGUUCACCGUGUCCGGGCGCCCGCCGAUCAGCAACCGGUCGGCCGACGUCGUGGACUACAUGGAGUCCAACUGCGUGGUCGAGCAACCGAAGAUGUGCGACUUCGCCGAGGUCGGCGGUAAGCUGCUGAGGACGGUGGACGCCAUCUACGAGAACGUCGCCACCGCGGACCGGUGCAAGGAGAUCUGCCUGUCGUCCAAGGAGUUCCAGUGCCGUUCGUUCGACUACAACGAGACGGGCGUGAACGUGUGCCGCGUCUCGCACCACAGCACGUCCAGCCUGUCGCAGCAGCAGCUGGACCACCGCCCUUACCUGACGGUGGCCGGUGCCACCACUUACCAGAUGUCGUCGUGCUUCAGCGUGAAGAUCGACUGCCGCGGCGCGGACAUGGUCGCGUCUGUGCAUACCAACCGGCUGUUCGACGGCAAGGUGUACGCCAAGAACCGGCCGAAUUCUUGCGUCAAUGACGUGAAGAGCACGCUGGACUUCGACUUGAGGUUGGACUACCACAGCCCGAACUGCGACGUCCGGCAGGACCAACCCGGCAAGUUUUUCACCGAAAUCAUUAUCCAGCACCACGAUCAGAUCGUCACGGGCCAGGACAUUGGGCUGUCGGUGCGGUGUUCGUACGACCUACAAAAUCGGAGCGUGGGCCAGGGAAUUGAGCUGGCGAUGGCACCGGCCGUGGAAUCCGAUGACGACGUGGAGUCGGACGCGGCCGACAAAAACGGCGGCGGAGUCAGUGGCAACGGCGUAGAAGAAACGGCGUUUGUAAUCUCACCCACAGUGAUGAUGAGGAUCACGAACCGGGCGGGUGGUGAUAUACACGCUGCGCAGGUGGGUGACCCGCUCAGCCUCCGAUUCCACAUACUCGACGACCGUUCGCCGUACGAGAUAUUCGUCCGGGAGCUGAUCGCCCUGGACGGCGUGGACACCAGCGAGAUACUGCUCAUCGAUGCCGACGGUUGUCCCACGGAUCCGGCGAUCAUGGGACCGAUAUCGGCCGUAGACACGGGUGGUGGCGGCACCGUCAAGAUACUGGAGGCGCCGUUCGACGCAUUCAAGUUCCCCACGUCCGACAUCGUUCAGUUCAAGGCACUGGUCACGCCAUGUUUGCCAAAGUGCGAGCCCAUCAACUGCAACGUGGUGGGCCACAACGGGGCGGUCCGUCGGGCCGACUCCUUUGGAAGGCGGCGCCGCAGACGUAGCGUCGGCGGCGGCAACCAGACCGAAGAAGUGGUCUUCCAGGAGAUCCGCAUCGAGGACAAGUUCAAAUUCGAAGCUCAACGGGGCGAUCCCGGUCACGAGAUCAACUUCUCCGGCAGCAGUGGCACCGUCACCUCCACCAACGCCGCGGGCGACCAUCAGAACACAUACUGGAACACGUACGCGUUCGCCCUGGUGCUGGUCGCGUUCGUCGUGCUCCAGCUGUUCGUCAUAUUCGUGUGUUGGCUGUGCGUGACGUACAGGUCGCGGGGAAACCGCGAGGACGCCUCCAUUUACGAGUCGGCCAUCAGCGAGUACGCUUCCACCGUCCGGACACCGAUAUCCUGGGACAACAGUUAUUAUAAAUGAUUUUCGGCCGUUGGACCUAACCGAAUUACCGAUUAUACGGUAUAUCAUACAGUCGCACUGUAUCGCAUAUAUGUAUAUUAUUAUGUAUUAUAUAAAUAGGUAAAGCGUAUGCCACCGGUGACUGUGUCUCGGGCAGUCGAAACCACCGGAAACUCAUCCACACAUAGGUUACGCAAUAUUAUUAUGUCACAUAUCGAUGUAAAAUAUUAAAUUAAAUCGCACCAGCAGAUCCUAUUAGAUGUAUUAGUAGAGCCGGCGGUGAUCGGACUGUGCACCAUGGGCAGUGACGAGAUCAACACCGCACGGCAACGGCAUAAUACGUAAUUCGUCGUCUAUAUUAUAUACAUUAUAAUAUACUAUGCAUUAGGUAUAUCACAAAUUGUUGUAUAUUAUAAUAUUACUGUGGUUAUUAUAUUUUGGAAUUUUCUCGGUGGUUGAUAUCUGAUACGGAUAUAUAUACCCGCACGCUUUAUUACGAGUAUAUAUUAUCACAAUAUGAAUAAUAAUAAUUCAUACAGAUUAAGAUUUUUUUAUCACUUGAUGGGCGUGAUUAUUGUGCUUAUUCUCCCACUUGACUGCCCCCCCUUGCAGAAUAUACGCGGGAAAAAAAUUUCAUGACUCCCUCUCGACACUACGAUAUCAAAUUUUUUUCAUAUUUUUCUAAUUCAAUAUUCAAAAAUAAACAUAAUAUGAGUAAGAAGGCGUUUUGCACGUCUCGUACGAACGUAGGAAAUUUUGUAUUUGGUUUUGAAUUAGUAUUUAAAUAUUAUUCAAUUUUAUUAAAAAGCGUUCUCUUAAGUAGUUAAAUAGAUUUUCGAGUUACUUUUAUCUGAGUUAUUAUUAUUUAUUUGAAAAUAAUAAACUGCAGUAGUCGUGUGUACAGGGAUGAGUACUUUAUCCGUGUAAGUGUUAUUUAUUCCAUUUUUUAAUAAUGCAAAAUUUUUAUUACUAUCGUAAUAAUAUUAUUAGGUAGUUAUCUUAAUAAUUUCAUUAAAAACUUAAAAAAAACCCUCUGAGUUCUGAAUUAUUUAUUUUUACUUAUUUUGUAACACCAUUGCAGAUAUUAGCUACCUACAAAAUAUUAUAUAGGUUUCUAUUUUGGACUAAAUUGAAAUUUUUUCGUAAGUAUGAGUACGAGUAGGAUAAAAGUAGUUCUUAAUAAUAUUGCUCGAGAUAAUUUUUAUAAUAUAUAUUAGGCAUUUGCAUGAUAAAUGCCUGGCAUACUGUACUAAACCCACCUAAUAUAUUAACUAAAAACUAUUUGAUAAAUAUUGUUGAAAUAUUCGCAAACGAUAAAGCUGAGUUCUAGUUUCAUUUUAUACUUUUAUAAGACUAUAAUAUACUUAUUUACUAUGUAUUAAACUAGGUAUAAUUAUAUAUAACUUUUUUAAAUAAAUUUAUAUGUUUUAUGAAAUAAAUUCACAAACAAUAGUUUAAUCUAAUCUCCAAAAUAUUAGGUUUAGGCUUAUUAUAUUUAUUAUAAUUACGUAAACAAUACUCAGUUAAUUUAUUGAUUUUUAUCUAAUAUAAAAUAUACUUGUAAUAAUAAUACAAUCUACAUAAUAUCUAUAGUUCACUUAUAAAUUGUCAUAAGACAUAAACGGAUAUCAUUUAAGAUAAAAUUGUGAAAUAAUGGAUAAUUCAAUACGCAAAUACGUAUGAAACUAGUCAAUAAAUUAUUCAUAAAAAAUAGUUAGUGAAAAUCAUCAGAUCAACAUUUAUAUAAACUAUACUAUGACAAUCUAUAAUAUUAAAUGUUUUAUAAAAUCCUUUAAAACAAUCUAGUAGGGUUUUUAUUAUUUAUUUUAUUGUACUUAACUAUUAAUAAUUAUUGAUUUUGUAUUAUACAGAAUUAUUUUUUUGAAAUAUUUAAAUAAGAUUCAAGUAAUAAAUGGUAACACUUAUUUUAUAGUUUUAUGAAACUUAAUAUUAUAGAACUCAGUUUUAACGUAGAAAUGCUUUUAUUAUUGUCAAAAUUAACUACUACUAAAUCUAAUUUAUAGUUAGUCCUAGUUAUAGGUAUGCAUGUAUAAUUUAUUUAUUCAUUUAUUUAUGUAUUAAGAACAAUUAUCGAUGUCUAUAGAAUUGUAAAGUAUCUAUUUAAAUGGGUAGGUAUCUAUAUUAUUAAAUAAUAAUGAACUUUGUAUGGUUCGUGGUACCUAAAUUGGUUAAAUAUUUAAGGGUGAUAACUGAUAAUAAUUGAAUAUGGUGCUUAGUUUAUAACAAGUUUUAUUAUAUUAAUUAUCAAUGUUUAUAAAUGAUAAUAAUUUAAUUAAUUUAGCUAUUUUAUUGUAUUUAUCAUAUAAACUUAAACGGUUGUAUGUUAAAAUAUAAAGUAGAGGAUGACAUACAUUUUUUGAUGUAUAAAUAAAUUUAUAAAACAGGUACUUAGGCUUUUCUAUAUGUCGUUUGUAUAAUAAUAAAAGAUAUAAUUACAA